GUAUUUCAUUAUAUGGGGACCAAACAUUUUUUGCGUGGAAUCGAUUUUGCCUGGUUUUAAGACGAACGUUCUAGACACCAACUGGAAUAAAAUGACGCAGUAGGUGUUUAUAAAGACACCAAGAGCACUUUCUGCUUUCUAUUCAACAUCGGUCAGCAAAUGGAGCUGUAUUACGGGAUACAACUUCUCCUAUUGGUAGUCUCAAAUGUAAUGGAUGUUUGCACCUACAAUACACAGGACGCUAUAUCGGUGAAGCAAAUUCUAAGACAGCACAACAAAUACAGGAGGCGACUAAAGGCCUCCAACGUACUUAAAAUGACUUGGAACAACACCCUUGCGGAUGAGGCUGCAAAAUGGGUUGGAAAUUGUUCAAACAUCGACGCUACUUAUAGAUCUGCAAAAAAAGAUAACCUCGUACCACUUAUAGGAAUGAAUGCCGGUGCAGCGAAAUAUAGAACUGUCUCUAGUUUUUUAAAAACGUGGUACAGACAAAAAGCCAACUACAGCUCACGCUGGAAUGGUUGUCUGCCGAAUUCCAAAUGUCUUGCAUAUAAGCAGAUGGUAUUUGCGAACGUAAAUAGCGCUGGUUGUGCCCUGCAGUCUUGCAAGAUAGCUUCGACGGAAAUUAAUUUCUUCGCUUGUGCGUAUAGCCCUGGAGUGAUAGAUGUACAAGAAAGACUUGCUGAAAAGGGUAAACCGUGUACAAAAUGUCCACCAAAAGCAGGUUUCUGUCAACAUGACUUGUGUGUUCCAUGUUCUGCAGAGAAACCUUCAAAGUGUGAUUGCAGAAAGCGCACGUGUUCUUCAUCUUUUGGGACAGGAUAUUUUGACAAAGAAACGUGCUCGUGCGUCUGUAAAUAUGGGGCAGGUCCAAACUGUGAUGAAAGAUGUGAAAAUAAAGCCGACCAUCUUUACGUUGAUUCCCUUAACUUGAUCUGUGAAGAUGAUGUUGUGGAUUGCGAACAAGACGUAUACAAAAAAUAUUGUGCCUUGAGAUGCAAUCAGUGUCGAGCAAUGCCAAGAAACUAGUGGAUAUUUAAAUUCCUGAUGCUGACAAUAAUCGCCACGAUAGCAUGACGGUUGAGGAAAUGAUCCUUAGAAUGGCUUAUAGAUGUCACGACAAUCGGGACAACUGAUAGCUCGAAAAAAACUGUCAACUUAACAAGAACUGUUUAAGUUCUGUUCAAAUGAUAACGCAUACCACCCUAUGGUAACUUUAGUGUUUCACUGAAGUCGAGGGGCUUUCGCUUAAAACUAACGGGGAGAACACAAUUAAUCGGACAAUGUAGAUACAAAGGACCAUAUCGUAUUUGAACUGAUUUUUCUCAAUCAGAAAAUCAACCACGUAUACCAUUUUAAAGUACAACAUAACCUCCUACCAGGGAUAAAAAUUGAAAAAGAUUGGUCAUGAAAAGUUCUGACCUGCUACUCCCGCCAUCAAUUCAAAUGUCUUGUGCUACAGAGUACUUUCAGGAAUCAUAUCCACAGUUCUCAACACAACAGGUGCACGGUGGGGAUAGUCAUCACGUGACUUUCGUAAUUGAUUGUGUCUGAACAAGUUGUACGAUUUUCUCGAUUAAGACAGA